AUGUCUGAAGAGGAUUAUUAUUACUCAGAAAAAUAUGAAGAUGACAAAUAUGAAUAUAGGCAUGUAAUAAUUGCCAAAGAUUUGGUCAAAGAUGUGCCAAAGGAUAAACUAAUGACAGAAAGGGAAUGGCGUGCUCUUGGUAUACGACAAAGUAAAGGUUGGGAACAUUAUAUGGUGCAUCCAGCCGAACGACAUGCAAGAUCAUUGAUUGUUACGAUCUUCAAACUUCGAAUUCCACUUCAAAAUCCGAGGGAGUUGAAUUUCGCAUUUGAGAUUUGCGGUUUAUCAAUCAAUUGUCUUAUCAUAUUACAACAUCGUUUGAUUUAA